CUGCAGUCUUUCAGCACGGGUUGAGUGAGAAAGAUGUACUAAAUAAAGAUUGAUUGGCUGCAAUCCUUUGGGGUCUCCCACUUGUCAGUGACCUGGGGUGGGGGAAAAUGAAUGGCUGCUUGACUGGGCCUCUGUCCAUUUCCUCCAUUAUUCUCUGCAUGGGAUGGAGCAUUGUUAACCUUAAGCAAGAAACGCAGUGAAUUCCCAGUAACGGCAGACUGUGCAGUCACAGGGAUUCUUAAGUAGCAGUGUCACACGUGAGGCUUUCAAACUUAAAAAAACCUAUUACUAUCAUUAUGGUUGGUUCGUUUGGACUACUGCAGGACAAAGCUCCAUCCUGGAGAGGAUUUUGUGUUUGGCAUUGCAUUGAUUAAUCUCUUUUUCUGCAAAGAUGGCAGUGUGUCGGGUAAAAAAGAACGGGACCCAUAUGUCAGUGGUCUAGGAUGGCCAGUGAAGGCUCCAACAUCCCAAGUCCUGUCGUGCGUCAGAUUGACAAACAGUUUUUGAUCUGCAGCAUAUGCCUGGACCGUUACAAGAACCCCAAAGUACUCCCCUGUCUACAUACUUUCUGUGAGAGGUGCCUACAGAAUUACAUUCCUGCCCACAGCUUGACUCUUUCUUGCCCAGUGUGCCGCCAAACCUCCAUCCUGCCAGAGAAAGGGGUUUCCGCACUCCAGAAUAACUUCUUUAUCACCAACCUAAUGGAUGUCCUGCAACGAACGCCAGACAACAGCAUUGAGGAGUCUUCCAUCUUGGAGACAGUCACAGCUGUUGCUGCUGGGAAACCUCUUACCUGCCCCAAUCAUGAAGGAAAUCUGAUGGAAUUUUAUUGCCAAUCUUGUGAGACAGCCAUGUGCAGGGAAUGUACAGAAGGAGAGCAUGCAGAGCACCCCACAGUACCACUCAAAGAUGUAGUAGAACAACAUAAGGCUUCACUUCAGUCUCAGCUAGAUGCUGUGAACAAAAGGCUUCCAGAGAUAGAUUCUGCACUCCAUUUCAUAUCAGAAAUUAUACAUCAGUUGACCAAUCAAAAGACAAGCAUUGUAGAUGAAAUUCAUUCCACUUUUGAUGAACUCCAGAAGACAUUAAAUGUCCGCAAGAGUGUGCUGCUCAUGGAACUGGAAGUAAAUUAUGGCCUUAAACAUAAAGUCCUGCAAACUCAGCUUGAUACACUACUGGAAGGACAGGAGAAUAUUAAGAGCUGCAGCAACUUUACUGCCCAGGCACUCAACCACGGAACAGAAACUGAAGUUUUACUGGUUAAGAAGCAAAUGAGCGACAAGCUGAAUGACCUGUCUGUACGAGACUUCCCACUGCAGCCCCGUGAAAAUGACCAGUUAGACUUUAUAGUGGAAACAGAAGGGUUGAAGAAGUCCAUUCAUAACCUUGGAACUAUUUUAACCACAAAUGCUGUUGCCUCUGAAACGGUGGCCACAGGUGAAGGACUGAGGCAGACUGUCAUUGGACAGCCUAUGUCGGUCACCAUCACAACCAAGGACAAGGAUGGUGAACUCUGUAAAACUGGGAAUGCUUACCUCACCGCAGAGCUGUGCACCCCUGAUGGAAGUGUAGCAGAUGGAGAAAUACUUGACAAUAAAAAUGGCACUUAUGAAUUUUUGUAUACUGUCCAAAAAGAGGGGGACUUCACCCUCUCGUUGAGACUGUAUGAUCAGCAUAUUAGAGGCAGCCCUUUCAAACUCAAGGUGAUCAGGUCUGCAGACGUAUCCCCGACAACUGAAGGUGUUAAGAGGCGUGUGAAGUCUCCUGGAAGUGGCCAUGUUAAACAAAAGGCGGUAAAAAGACCAGCCAGUAUGUACAGCACAGGCAAAAGGAAAGAGAACCCCAUUGAAGAUGACCUAAUCUUCCGAGUUGGUACCAAAGGCAGAAACAAAGGAGAAUUUACAAAUCUUCAGGGAGUAGCUGCAUCAACAAAUGGAAAAAUAUUAAUUGCAGACAGCAAUAACCAGUGUGUACAGCUCUUUUCUACUGAUGGUCAGUUCAAGAGUCGUUUCGGUAUCCGGGGGAGAUCUCCUGGCCAGUUGCAGCGGCCCACAGGAGUGGCUGUGCAUCCUUGUGGUGACAUUAUUAUUGCUGAUUAUGAUAAUAAAUGGGUUAGCAUCUUCUCUUCUGAUGGAAAAUUUAAGACAAAAAUUGGAUCUGGAAAACUUAUGGGACCAAAAGGUGUUUCUGUUGAUCGCAAUGGACACAUCAUUGUAGUGGACAAUAAAGCCUGUUGUGUGUUCAUCUUCCAGCCAAAUGGGAAAAUAGUAACCAGGUUUGGAAGCCGAGGCAAUGGAGACAAACAAUUUGCAGGUCCUCAUUUUGCAGCUGUCAACCACAAUAAUGAAAUUAUUAUUACAGAUUUCCACAAUCACUCUGUCAAGGUAUUUAACCAGGAAGGUGAAUUCAUGUUAAAGUUUGGGUCUAAUGGGGAAGGAAAUGGGCAAUUUAAUGCACCAACAGGAGUAGCUGUAGAUUCGAAUGGAAAUAUUAUUGUAGCUGAUUGGGGAAACAGUCGAAUACAGGUUUUUGAUGGAAGUGGAUCCUUUUUAUCCUAUAUAAACACAUCUGCUGAUCCGCUUUAUGGUCCCCAAGGCUUGGCCCUAACUUCCGAUGGCCAUGUUGUCGUUGCUGACUCUGGCAAUCACUGCUUCAAAGUGUAUCGAUACUUACAGUAGCAGUUGGAUCAUGCUUAAGAAGUUACUAGUCUCUGAGGGCCAAUGUAGAUCUUUUUGCAUAUGAUGUCUACUUCUUUAAAUAUUUAAAUUUUAAUACGGGAGGAGUUUUCACUUUUAUGUUUUAUUUCCAAAUCUACCUUCUUUACAUCGAACUUGCACCUCAUAUGUUCUGCACUGAAGUCAUCCUAAGGAUUAAUAAAUAAGACCCUCUCUUCUUUCCCGGAUUCAGUGGAAUAAUAGACAUGUGAACUAUGGCUUGUAGAUCAGGCAUUUAUGUAACUAAUUUUUCUGCAAGGGAGAAGGGAAAGUGAAAUGAUUUAAAGGGGUGUAUUUAACAUGUAAAUGGGGAGCUCUUGUUUAAAAGCUUCCAAAUUUGAAAAUUGUUACUGUUAAGCAUUAUUUAUUCCAGCAGGAAGUCUGGGAGUCUUUUAGACCGUGUUGUUGUACUAGGUAUUACAUUUGUAACAUUCUUCUGUCUUAGCAACUGUAGUAAGUAGUUUCUUUUAGUAAUAAAGAUAUAUGGUCAAGUCA